UCCUCCUCUCCCCAGUGUGGAGAAACAGAGAGACGUCAGGCCGGACCGGAGAUUAGCAGGCGCUUUAAGUGGAUUAGAAAGCGGCAGAGCCUGAGAGAAGCGGGCGGAGCAGGCGCCGCUUCUCUCCUUCGGCUUCAGCCUGGUUGCCGGCGCUCGCUCGCUCGCUCGCUCUCUUUCUUUCUCUCUUGCUGGACUGAAGUGCCCCGCCAUGCCCCAGACAGUGGCUUUGAAUGGCCCUUCGCCGUGGGGCUUCCGGCUGGUCGGAGGCAAAGAUUUCAGCACCCCGCUGACCAUUUCCAGGAUUAAUCCUGGAAGUAAAGCUGCUCUUGCCAACCUUUGUCCAGGUGAUGUCAUCCUGUCAAUUAAUGGUGAGAGCACAGAAAACAUGACACAUCUAGAAGCACAAAACAAGAUCAAAGCUUGUCUGGAUCAGCUGACACUGUCUGUGAACAGGGCAGAAAGCAAGGUUUGGUCCCCUAACGUUUUAGAAGAUGGAAGAGCACAAGCUUAUCGGGUCAAUGUAGAACCAGAAGCACAGGAUAAUGGGUCUGUUCCAAACAGACGACAAGCAACCUUUUCUCCUGGAGGAAGUCCAACAGACAACAAGCAGAUAUCAAACCUGCAGUACAAUAACCCUACACGACUGUAUGCAAACAAUGCAGACUCCAGUUUACCUUCACAAAUGAGUGGCCUCCAUAUCACAACUUCCCCAAGUGCUGACCCUUCAAGGUCCCUACCAAGAAACAGAAACGGAAUUGAUAUGGACUCAGAUGUGUACAAAAUGCUGCAGGAUUAUGAAAAGCCAGUUUCAGAACCUAAACAGUCAGGAUCCUUCCGAUACCUACAGGGCAUGUUGGAAGCUGGAGAGAAUGGUGAAAAACAUGACCGACUGGCUAGUCCAAGACAUGUUAAAUCUCCAGUAUCGAAACUGGGUGGGGCCAUGUCUGGCUUACAGAUGCUUCCUGAGUGCACCAGAUGUGGCAAUGGAAUUGUUGGCACAAUAGUGAAAGCCCGUGACAAGCUCUACCAUCCGGAAUGUUUCAUGUGUGAUGACUGCGGCCUCAACCUGAAGCAAAGGGGCUACUUCUUCAUUGAGGAACAGCUGUACUGUGAAACGCAUGCCAAGGAAAGGGUUAAGCCACCAGAAGGAUAUGAUGUGGUAGCUGUUUAUCCCAAUGCUAAAGUUGAACUUGUCUAAAUAGAUACUCUUAUUUCCCGGAGAGGUCAAAAGGUGGCACACCCACCCACAGGCACAGGCUCUGUUUUAAUGUAUGGCUGUAAUCAAGCUCCGAUUACUCCAGUCUCAGUAAAAUGCCUUUUCAGAGAUAAAACAGUUUACACUUGGGAUCUCAAGGGGAUAGUGCUGAAAGCCUCUGAAAAGGGUUUUUUUUCCCUUUUGACACUUCGCUUUUGAGUUGCUGUGUUGCUGUUUGGGUUUGGGGUGGGGUGGGUGGAUUUGGUUGUUGUUCUUUAGGGUGGUUUUUUGUUUUUUACUGCAGAUAGUUUUGGUCGGAGCCCAAUCCAAAAUCUGUGUAAAUAUGGAUACUUUUUAAAAGCAUAGUUUCAUAUUAAAUCAGUAUUCUUUUAUUCCGUUUCAUUUUAAAAUAUAAAGAGGACAGUUUAAAAGCUCAAAGGAAAUAAGGCACUUUAAGGAAAUGAAAAUGACAUUUUAAAGCAUUGCAUUAUCUUUUUUCUUUUGUCAGUAACACAAGUAUGCCAUUGCUUUGUGGCUUUCGGGUGAUAGAACGUGGAGACCACAUUUAAUGUAAUUUUAAAUAUAUAUCUGGAUAGAGGAUUUUUUACAGUAAACCUGGGGAAAUGACUCCUAAAGACUCAAGUAAAUCCUUUUUUUAAAAAAAAUGUUGUUUCUAAAAUUGCUGCCUUUUUGAUACAUUUCUAUAUACUGCUUAGGAAAAUGAUGCCCUACUUGCAGUUUUCAAACACUAUUAUAUAGUCCUUCUAAGAAUGUUCAUGAACAUUUUUUGUCAUUCUGGUGAUGUAUGGCAGCAGCAGCAGCAGCAGCUGAAGCUGUGCACUGGGGUUCAUUCCCCAACACUGCCCUUCUUGCUGUCCUAAAGAAAACAUUAUUGGAAGCCCCAUGGAUGUUCGGUCACCAGUUAGCUGAUAAUACUAAGGAGACUGAUGAUGAUACAGAACCUGUUAUGUAUCUUGGGUCUUUCCAGGGCAUGUAAUGCAUACACUUGUGUUAAGAUCAAGAGGUUCCUAAUAUAAAUUCCAAUGGGGCAGAGAAGGGAUAGCUUAGAAUACUGUAAGUAUGUAAACCACUGAUGUGCCCCGAAUGUAUACUUACUGCAAAGAAUCUGGUAUAUUACAGAAUCCUUUCAUACAUUA